CCUCGUUCACCGACAACAGCCUCGCGCGCUCGCCAUGGACUCGUCCGUCUUUGUCGAGUACGAGACGGACCUCGUCACCGUCCUCAAGAGCGUCGGCGACAAGAUCGCGAGCGAGGCUCACUCGCUGCGAGGAGAUGAACGUAAGACGCUUCUGAGCCGGCUAGGCCGCGAGCUGGACGAGGCCGACGAGAUUAUCGAGCAGAUGCAGCUCGAGGCGCAGACGGCCGACAAGGACGACAAGGUCGAGUUCCAGGGCAAGCUGCGCAAUCAUCGGGCUACGCUGGCGCGGCACAAGGGCGAGAUUAAGGCCCUCGCGACCAGCGCCGACCGCGAUGCGCUCCUCGCCACCCCCUCCUCCUCGGCACCACGCGGCGACCACGUCGCCCUCGAGAUGGACUCGCGGUCCGGCUCGCCGUCGUUCGCCCAGGCGCAGCGCCUCCUGUCGGCGACCGACAAGCUUGCCGAUGGUCAGCGACGACUCGAGGAGAGUCAUCGAGUCGCGCUCGAGACCGAGGACCUCGGGACGGGCAUCUUGCGGGACUUGAGGGGCCAGAGGGAGACGCUCGAGCACACGAGGGACACGCUGUACGAGGCGGACGGGUCGAUCGACCGGGCGGCGGGCACGCUCAAGAAGAUGAUGCGGAGAGCCUCGCAGCAGCGGCUAGUGACGUACGCGAUCCUGGCGCUCCUCGUCCUCCACAGUCUGUACGUCCUCGCCUCGAAGCUGUUUGGUUGAGUCGAGGGCCACGUGUGCAACGACGACGAGUGCUUAAUC